AUGACUACCAGGUGUUUGCUGCACAUUUGCCUCAUACUGCUCUUCUCCACUGAAAUCUCAUCUCGACUCUGUACCAUGCUUCACUUCCAGCAGAACAAAGUGAACAAAGAGAGCUUAGAGCUUCUGCAGAAAGUGAGUGGAAAUCUCCCCUCACAAUGCAUAAAUGAAAGGGCAGCUUUCAAACCCACUCAGGAUGUCCUCCAACUCCCAGUGGACCAGAAGGAGAAUGCCAAGGUGGUAAUUCAAGAGAUCCUCCAAGAGAUCUUCAACAUCUUUAGCAAAAACCUCACCCAAAGUGCCUGGGAUGCCACUUCCAUAGUCAAGUUCCAAAGUGGCCUUUACCAGCAAAUUCAGCGGCUGGAGGCAUGUUUGAGAGCACAGACAGAGAAGGGCUUAACCAACCCAGAAAGUCAGGACCUCCAGAUCACCAGUCGGAGAGUGAAAAAAUACUUUCAGGGGAUAGAUGCUUUCCUGAAAGAAAAGCAAUACAGCCUGUGUGCCUGGGAGAUCAUUCGCGUGGAAAUACCCAGAUGUUUUGUACUGGUUGACAAACUCACUCGAAGGCUGAGUAACUAA